GCUCGAGCAGGCGAUAUUAUUAUACAGAAAAAGAGGCAUGAGACUCAGCGCCAAGAACUCCGCAUUCGAUUGUACUGCAAUUGUGUGUGUUCUACGGAGUUCCGUGUUAUAAAAACCCCAGAGCCCAAAGCAUUGAGACGUAUGAAGCUUAUUGUAAUUACAUAGAACUCUAUUACGACCACGGAAAGGCUCUGUCGAAGAUUUUUAGUCCAAGAACUGCCUGCGGCUCGCUUGUGUGGACACCUGGAGCUCCCCACGAACGAACACGGUCGAAUCAGACUUCGUAGAUCACGACUGGGUAGUUCCCGAAGCGAUGGAAGAAGACGAACAAGCAGAGAGUGACCAGCAAGUUUUCGCAGCUGAAGAGUUAAAACAGAAGCGGACGAGAAAGGGAAGAGUCGAGUACUUGGUUAAAUGGAAAGGAUGGACCCCAAAACACAAUACUUGGGAGCCAGAAGAAAACAUCUUAGAUGACCGACUUGUUCGCCUUUUCGAAUCCAGACUUGAAAAGAAAACAUCGCCGCAACAAGCGUCAAAACCAGGUAGAAAACCUGGAAGAAGAAAGUCAACCACCGACGUCGUCCAAGUUCUCAGCGUACCCAAAUCACCCGGACGACCACCGGGACGCCCUCUGGGAAGACCUCCGUUGUUUCGCCCGCGAGGACGUGGUCGUGGGCGCGGACGUGGGCGAGGUAGAGGUCGCGGUCGCGGCAGUGCCAUCGUUAUCGGCGGCGGUACUCGUAUCAGCACCCUGGGCCGCGGUCGAGGCCGAGGACGAGGUGGGCCGAGGGGACGCGGGCGUGGUCGAGGCAUGAGCCAUCUGAAGAGAACAGAGAGUCUACCCGAAGGCAUCACGUCGUUCCCCGUGGUCGGGCAGAGUCCCAGGGUCGACGUCAAUUCAAACUCGACACCGUUCUUCUUCAAAGACGAUAUGAUGAACUCGAGUAACAAUGAGGAUGGGGAUGAUGAGGAUGAUGAUGAUGAGGAUGAAAUGGAUGAUGAUGAGGAUGACGACAUCAGUGAGGAGUAUCCCCGUUUUGAUGCGAUAGGCGAAACUGAAGAAGAAAUUGGUAACGCCGAAUCUCCCAAUGUCGAUGUUGAAGCAGAAGACAUUAGUUCUUCGGUUGCGACGCCGCAAGAGGUGUCCGCAAGCGAGGAUUUCGUUCCAGCAGCGCAACCUCCUCCCAAAAAGAUGGCCCGGAAAGGACCAAAAGAAUCCACGAAAGCCUCAACCGCUGGUAAAAAACCGAAAGAAGUUAAACGUGAUUUUGAACACAUUUUGAGCGAAUUUGCCGCAAAGCCUAGCCCGCCCCCACUGCCACGGUCAGCCAGCCUGUGGAGGCCCAUGCAGUCGCUGUUGCCUGCAGGAGAAGUCCUCAUAACGGACGUUACCGCUUCGGAUGUGACCAUUACGGUCAGGGAAUGCUGCACUAGCCGGGGCUUCUUCAAGGAGCAGAAACAGAAGGUCGAACGCACAUCCACCAUCGAUGAGGUCAAAUCGGGGAAGGCAAUGACGACUUCGCUGCCAGUCUCGACUACGACGAAGAAAAAGAACGUCGACUGUGAAGUUACCAACUCGACGAAUAAACCAGACUCGGAAACGAGGAUGGAUGUGGACGUUACAUUGGAGAGCAAUGCCCAAUCAGAGGCCGAUACGUCAUCACUUAUAAAGUCCGCCUCGUAGAUUUCACCGAUCUAAAGACUAUGAAUUAUACGGAGGAGCGGAUGCGGAUUUACCCGAAGAACACCAGUAAUUUUUGAGGAGGAAAAUAGUUUUGAAUGAUACGAAAGAAGUGCCAUAGAUGAUUCAAUGGAGAUGCUGCUUAUAAAUACGUUACGCAGUUUAGUCAUUAUUUGCCUGAUUCAAAGGAUAUCCAGCGAUUUUUGAUUAAAGUUUAUCAACGUGAUUAAAUUUUCCUACAUUGUGUUGGAGCGAAGCAUAAAAUGAAAUGUAUAUAAUUAUAUGAAACGGAUAUUUUUGCACUAAUGAGUUUACCCAACUGAUCUCGAGAAAAUAAGAGAAAGUGGAAGUGUUAAACUGUUAAUAAAGCUUGAAGAAUAGCAUUUGCUUUACGAAAGAUAUUAUAAGUCAUUAUAAAGUCAUGUUUAGUCGUAAAUCCUAUAUGAUCCAUUUCUUUGUGAAAAAUUUGUGCUUUGCCAUAAUGUGACCGGUAAACAAUAGAAAUUAAGAUUCUGAAGAUUGAAUGAUUUAUAAUUACUUCUUUAUAAAAUAUUAUCUGGACAUGUAAUAUGAAUUUUGUGCACAAAGUAUGCACGUAAUGACAUGUACGUAGUACGAACGGUGUUCAAGUAUAAAAUUAUAUAAAUUCAUAACGUGAAUUGUA